AUGGUAUCUGCUUCUUCUAGAGAAAUGAUAAGAGCAGGAUCAGUGGGAACAAGAGCGACAUAUGACGAGCCAUACGACUCUGAUGGUGAGGAGACAGCUGACACUGAAUGGGACGAGAAGGGACGCAACUUCAUCUCUCACAUAUACGUUUCUUACAAACACUUCAUAACAUCUAUUCAGUUUGGUUACUUGAACUGCGAAGAUGAUGAAGCUCUGACCCUCUCUGCGAAGUUUGGUCACUCUGAGGGACACAGCUUUCGAGCUGUCAUACUGAAGGAAGAUGAAUAUGUGACUGGAUUGAGUGGAGUACAUCGAUUUGGAAUGCAUGAUGGAAUAAAAAGUUUGACAUUCCACACCAACUGUGGGGAGCAUGGACCGAUUGGAAGUGUGAAUGAUAACUCUGAGAUUGGUUUCAAGAUAGAUAUUGAUCCAGGAAUACGUGAUAGACGCGAGUUUGGUGGUUUCUUCGGUUCUUACAGUAAGGUUAAUCUCUCAUCGGUUGGUAUCUAUGUCAGCCCCAUUGCUAGGUACGAUAUGGUUGUUAAACGUGAAAACAUUGGACCCUCCAACGCCUCUUAGCAGCCUUCAACAGUAGUCUUGUUCAGUUUGUUGUUGAGUUUUCCCUGAAAUAAAGUAAUGCAUCAGUGUCAUCUUUCUAUUUUUAAUAAAGAAUAUUCUAUUAUGGAUCUA